AUGGGGAACUCAGGGAGCAAGAUCUCCUCGCAGGACAGGGCUAUCCUGGACAUGAAGAACCAGCGAGAUAAGCUCAAACAAUACCAGAAGAAGAUUACUGUUAUUACAAACCGCGAAAAGGAGAUCGCCCGCGUAUGUCUCGCAAAAGGAGAGAAGGACAAAGCUCUUCUAGCUCUUCGGCGGAAGAAGUUUCAAGAAUCCCUACUAUCGCAGACCGAUGCUCAACUCGAGCAACUGGAGAAGCUGACCUCCAAUGUUGAGUUUUCGUUAGUGCAGAAAGAUGUUGUCUUUGGCUUGCAAAGAGGUACCGAAGUUCUGAAGAUGAUUAACAAGGAAAUGGGUGGUCUGGCUGCUGUUGAGAAGAUGAUGGAAGAAGGCGCAGAAGCCAGACGCGAACAGGAAGAGAUCAGUGAGGCCCUUGCUGGUCAGUUGAGCAAUCAGGAGGAGGAUGAAGUCGAGGAUGAGCUGGAAGCUCUCGAAAUAGAGAUGAAUGGUGUCAGCCUACCCGAUGCACCGAAUAAGACCGUUAUUACUGAUGGUGACCUGCCCAAUGCACCAGAAACGGAACUUGACAGGGAACAGAAGCAGAAGGAAAGAGCGAAGCAGAGAAGAGCACAGUUGCAGGCAGCGUGA